CCCAUCACUGGGUGGAACUAGACUCCAUUGCUCUGGAACCAGUGAAAAAGUGACUACACAAGAAUUCUAAACAUCUUCUAGACUCCCUGCUAUUGCUUCCUCAUUCUGAGUUUGAAUCUGGUGAAGUAUCUGGAAAGGAAUACAAUAAUGAACACCUUUUUGACUGGAAAGGUAAAAACAGAAGUCAAUGUCUUGAAAACCCUCUCAAAACAUGAGCAAUCAGCUACUGCUUCUCGAAAGGAAGAGGUGAAGAGAGGUCUUGCCAAGCUUGGGAUUCAGUGUGAUGCAGAUAAAGUCCCCAAUAUUGCUGUUCUGGGUUCAGGAGGAGGUCUGCGGGCCAUGAUUGCCCUUUAUGGCACCCUAGUGGAGCUGAAGAAAUGUAACCUCUUGGACUGUGUUAUGUACCUGCUUGGAGUGUCAGGUUCCACCUGGUGCAUGUCAUCCAUCUAUAAAACUGAAGACUGGGCAAAUAAAAUAGAGAUCUUAGAAAAAAAUCAGAGUGAAAAACUUGUCCAAGGCCAGUGGAAUUUGAUUAAGGCAAAAAAAGCUGUCCUGGAAGCAGCAAGAGAAGAAAAUUAUUCUCUGACUGAUUUCUGGUCCUAUUUUAUUGUUUACAAAAUGUUAAAGGAGCUUGAUGAAAGUAAAUUAUCUGAUCAGAAGAGAGCUUGUGAGAAUGGGAAAAAUCCUUAUCCCCUCUAUGCAGCUGUAGACAAGCACACAUAUAGUGGACACCAGGAAGGGAGCUGGUUUGAAUUUAACCCAUUUGGUGCCGGAGCUCCUGGCACAGCUGGGGAACCUGGCACAACAGCAUAUGUUGACAUCAAACAAUUUGGGAGCAUCUUUGACCAUGGGCAGCUGAGUGAGGAGAGGAAGGAGAGAAAUGUUUGUUAUCUUCAAGGUUUAUGGGGAAGUGCUCUUGCAAGUGAACAGGAAAUUAAGAAGGCUGUAAUUGGUGCUUUACUGGAUUUACUAAAACAAGACCGAGAAGAAUAUUUUUCUUCUUCUUCUUCUUCACCACAGGACUUAGUUUACCGCAACCUUAAUAUGCUCAGCCUGAUUUAUCAGUAUAUUCUGGAGCUGCAGCUGUGUGCAUUAGAUGUUACAGCAGCAAAGGCAGAGGGAUUCUUUGACCUUCUAGAAAAUCUUCUGAAAGUCCACAAAACUGGUAAAAGUUAUGGGGUCCUGAAAGAGAUGCGUCAGAACUGGUCAUCUGGGGAUAUAAAAACAAGAGAGGAAGCAUGUCGGAAGCUAUGGGAAGCUUUAGACAAGGAUUUUGGAGUUUUAGAACCAGUAGAAAAAUACUUGGUGACUCCUCCUUACAGCCCUUUUCAACCAAUUAAAGAUUGGAUCAGACACAUCCACAAGACCAAUUCAAACAUUCUGACAUGGACCUGGGGAAGCACCAGUAACUUCUUACAGAACUGCCCUGGUGUGGAAGUCCCAGAGCUGAAAACAAAGCAGAUUGUUUCUCUCAUUGAUGCUGGGCUGGCCAUCAAUACUGCUUAUCCUCUUGCCCUCCACCCGGAUAGAAAAGUGAAGCUGAUCCUCUCCUUUGACUUCAGUGCUGGGGAUCCCUUUGAGACCGUCAAAAAAGCUGCUGAAUACUGUAAAAUUCGUGGAAUCAAAUUUCCCAGGAUCAAUGAGCGUGAACUGCAAGACAAAGACAAUCCAUCCAAUUGCUAUAUCUUCAGAGCAGAUGACCUCACUGUCAUGCACUUUCCUCUGUUCAACAUAGUCAACUGCCAAGAUAAAAUUGCUGAAUAUCAUCAGACAUUUUCGACCUUCAAGUUGCAUUAUUCUGAUGAAGAAAUUGAAAAACUACUCACUGCAGCAAAGAAUAAUGUCAUAACUGUCCAGCAAAAGAUACUGGAGGAGAUAAAGCACAUUGUGGGUACCCAAUCGCAACAAGCCUAAAUGUUGCCCACGUCAGCAUUGCUUUGGGAAUAAUUCACUGCAUCUAUCUGAUAUUCAAUCUUAGCAGGUGAAUAGCCCUUAAUAACUGGCUCAAUUCAUGCAAUUUUGUUUGUUUGACCAUAGAUAACCUCUCAUUAAUUUUGUGUACAUAUAUGCCGAGGUGGAUAAAUGUAAAUUAGCAUUAAUCAAGGAGAAACUCUGUCAGAAGCAUUUGCCUUGUUGCCACUGGUGGCCAAGUAAUGUUUGCUUUCAGUAAACAGAUGGGUCACAAGGAGCUUUCAAAAUCCCCAAGGCUGGAGAAAAGUGGUACUGAAAGCCAUGUUCCAUCAGAUGCCACAGCUUCUUCUCCAGGAAUAAGUCCUCACAGGAAGAUGAGAAAAACAGAAUGCCUUUAGGAACUAGGCUCACUUCUUCCAAAAUACCGCAUUUCCACGUAGAGAACAAAUACUGAAACCAUCCCUGAUCUGAUGGGUGAUGGGAGGGUGGCAGACAUUGUAAUAGGUGCUUCUUGUUAAUGUUUUUUACAUUACUCACUCUGUAUUACAAAAACAGCACCAACUGGCCAUCCUACCUCAUUGUUCCAAACUUUUCACCUUGAUCUGAAAAGGGGAGUCAUGAAGAAUGAUCAACAACUAAAAACAGCAGAGGUCAUUUCUUUUGAGCAGAGUGAAGGAUGUUUUACUUGUAAUUUACUGGCUGACUAGACUCCACUGCCUUUUCAAAUAUAUGAUAGACAUUUCUUUAUUUAACCCCACUCAUUAUAGUCAAUAAAAAAAUCUUUGCCUUUAACAUACUUAAUACAGUAUAUAUUCUGUUGCUUGUGUUUAUCUAUUCACUUUUUUAUGUUGUGAUUGUGUUAUUAGGGUUAUUAACUUGGCAGAUUCUGUUUCUUUCCUCAUUUCUUUCCCUCUCAGUGGAAAAUGUUGAUACUUUGGGAACUUCUCAUGGUUGUUUCCUGAUGCAAAUACAGUAUUUCCUUGAAUUAUUUGCUGUGGCCUUCUGAAUUAAUAUAGAAAUCCUCCCAUUGAGAUGCUUCAAGACCAAGCAUUCCUCAGGUGUAUCAAAACCCUUAAGAUGGAUCGAACUACUCUGUCAUUGCCUCUCUUUUGACUUUGUCCAUAACCUAUAGAAUAAACCUGUCUGAAACUCC